AUGAGGUCCCUGCUGAAGCUGCUGGUGAUUCUGCUUUGCGUCCGGAGGGGAGAGGGCCGCGGGCUGAGGUCGCUGAUUGAUCAGAAACAAGAGACGGCAUCUCCACACACGUCGCCAAAUGAGGACAAGAGAAACGGAGACGGCCGAACAGAAGCUCCUGGAGUCGGUCCGUCGCCCGAUCCCGUCGCCCCGAUCCCGGCCCGGGCGCGUCGCUCCGCCCUGGACUCCCAGUGCGGCCUGCGCUCCAUCCUGCUGCAGGUUCGAAACCUCGGGCUGGGCUACGACUCAGACGAGACCGUGCUCUUCAAGUACUGCGGCGGGACGUGUCCCCACGUGCGCUCCAACCACGACCUCACCCUCACCAGCCUGCUGCUGAGCGGCGCGCUCCCUCAGCUGGCGCCCGGCGAGCUGUGGCACGGCGCGCCGUGCUGCAGGCCCUCCCACCACGAGGACAUGGCCUUCCUCGACAACUCGCACCGCUGGCACAAGGUGGAGAAGCUGUCGGCCGCCGGCUGCAGCUGUGUUGGCUAGACCGCCGAGCGUAGACGUGGAUGAUGUGUUCGUGAGGACGGGGUGGUUCUGAGAGGGCAGGUGUGCUGGCAGGUUCUUCUGUAACAUCUUUAAAUGAAGAGUUCUAUUCUCGUGAAGUUAUUUAUAUCAAAAAACUAAUUUAAGCUAGGAUUCCUUUCCCUUUUGGCUGAAAAACCUCAUGAAUCAAGCGGGUCAAGAUGGUUUAAAUGCUUUGACUUCAGCUGGUGAUCUAAUGGGCCUCGACAGGAUUACAUCGUAUUACUGCUGGAGCUUUAAAACAGACUCCCACAGCAGUCGAGCUGAAAUACACGGCUGCUUUUCUUACUUCAUUUACAGUCUGCAUUCUCGACAAGGGAGUUUUUUCACCCGACGUUGGUAAUAAAUACAAAGUGGAGGAGUCAGACAUGAGUCCUUGCGUGAAUGUCCUACUGCAGACCUUUCUAAAUGAAGCGGUCUCAAAAGGCUGACACUGAACAGAGACGUGAUUCUACUGCUACUUGACUAUUGUUCUGUAAAUAAGCUGACAUGUAUUUAUUUGAAAUCUUCCGUGCUAUUUCGGGGGUUAACAGCAGACCGUAUUGUGUGUACGAAGCUGCGUAGAUGCACCUCGUGGUUCUCUUGCGGUUCAGACUUACUCGUCAACGCUCCAGCUUAAGUUUAGAACAAACGUAUUUAUGUAACAUAAGUUAUUUAUUUAUUUGUUGCCAUUCUUUUGUCAUGCUGAUUAACUUAUUGUGUGUGUGUGUGUACAGUUCCUAAUAAAGA